AUGUCUGCUGGUUCGUCUCCCCUGCUGACCAUCCGGUCGUCCGAUUCGGACGCAGACUUCGUCCCUCCUACCCAACGCAGGAGGAGCGCCAGGGCCAUCAAGGCUAACUCCAAAUGGGCCAACUCCACCGCUGCUGACAUAGCAGCCGUCUUGGCCCAGUCGGGGAUCCCUUUCAACGCCGAGUUGAGUAAAGAAGAUCUCGUUCUCCUCACGCACAACACUCUCGGCAGUCCUCAACUCCACGCCGAGCCAAAUGUCCCAGGUCCUGCUCCUGAUCUCCCAGUCGAUCCCGCUGCUGAUCUGGAAGAGCCCGCUCCGCCACCAAAGAAACGCCGGGCAAAGACGAAGCACCUUACUCCUGCGCCUCGUAAGAGGAAGCCUACUGCUCCGACCCUCCCGGACUCUCCCGUCUCGUCUCAACCCAUCCUGGAUGCAGUUCUCUCCCUCACCGCGUCGAUUACAGCAAUCGACUCCAGAAUUCAGGCGCUGGAACACCAGCGCCCAGCUCUACCGGCCUCCUCGCCGUCUGCAGCACCGCCGGCUCCCGCCGCCAUUCAGUGGCCCGUCCCCCUCCAAGCACCGAACACCAGCACGGGCGUGUACCCUGAUCGCAGGAUAGAACUGGACACAUACCUUGCCAUCAUGGCCGAUUUCAACCUCCGUUACGGAGGCACACUUUUCUAUCAGUACCAUAAUGCAUUUUCCGCGAAGUCCGCUUCUUACAUUUCUCUGUACAAUCUUCGCUUGGACUGGUCCGUCGUCGACACCGAACUUUUGGUUAGGCAUUUCAGUGGCCAAAGAUCGCUCAGCUGCAACAUUUGUGGCUCCCACGCCCACACGGCGAUUCUGUGUCCGCAAACGGCCUUCAACCGACCACCACUUCCGGUUGCUGUCCAGCAUCCUGACUCCGGGUUUAGGGUUGGUGUUCUGUCCCCCCUUUCAUGCUCGUACACGGCUAGGAACCUUCAGUCGGCUCUAACCGAACCCUCUAUAGUGUCCGAACUUCUGUCUAAAGAAUUAAAUAAAGGCUAUGUUCUCGGCCCCUUCUCUGCUCCUCCUUUUCACCCCUUCCGCGUAAACUCACUCGGCGUGGCUACCAGGAAAUACUCUGGCAAGAAAAGGCUGAUUUUUGACAUGUCUUCACCUCACUCCGAAACCUGGUCCAGCGUCAAUGAAAUGAUUCCUCUCGAGCCCUUUUCUCUCCACUACGCCUCCGUCGAUAAUGCUAUUCACCUCAUUAAAAUCGCUGGUCAGGGCGCCCUGCUCGCUAAAGCCGACAUUACCGACGCAUUUAAGGUUAUGCCAAUUCACCCUGCCGACUGGCCCCUAUUUUGCGUAAAAUGGCAGUCUAAAUUCUAUUUUGCAGUGAGGCUUACUUUCGGGUGCAGGAGUAGUCCUCACAUUUUUAAUUGCCUUUCAGAAGCACUGUGCUGGAUUUUGUUAAAUGUCUGUCAUUUACCGUUCGUUCUGCACCUCCUGGACGAUUUUCUUUUAAUUGACUUUCCAGCUAAGACCAGUUCAGUUCUGGACGUCCUUCGCAACGUUUUCCAGGAGCUAGGGGUUCCCCUCUCUGCCGAAAAGACAUUAGGACCCGUCACUUCUCUCGAAUUUCUGGGUAUAAUCCUCGACUCCGUUAAAAUGCAGGCCUCUCUCCCAGACGAAAAAUUGACCAGAAUCCGCGAAGUGUCCGCUUCUUCCCUCUCAGUCGGCUCGGUGACUAAAAGGGAACUCCUCUCUCUCCUGGGCCACCUGAAUUUCGCGAUGCGCAUCAUCCCGCAAGGCCGCUCCUUCAUCUCUCGCCUGUUAGAUCUGGCUCACUCCGUGGAAAAUCUAUCCGACUCUAUUGUUCUCGAUUCAGGCUGUCAGUCGGAUCUUAGCUUUUGGUCCAAGCUGCUGAAGCAUUGGAACGGCAUCUCUUUUUUUUACAACGAUCACACCGACUCGUCCGUCUCUCUCAAGCUGUUCACGGAUGCCGCUCCAUCUCUCGGCUUUGGGGGGCUUUACAAUGAUUUGUGGUUCGCAGAAAAAUGGUCCGAUGAAUUUCUCGCAUUUUCCUCCGAUGCUGUUUCAUCCGCCCUUUUCGAAUUAUACCCCAUCGUGGUCUCCUGCGUCCUGUGGGGUAAAGAAUGGUCAAGAAAGCGCAUUCUCUUUUUCUGUGACAACGAAGCAGUGGUGGCCAUUAUUAAUAAAGGUCGCUCUCGCUGCCCCAAAAUUAUGUCUCUUCUGAGGAGACUCACCUGGCAGUCAGUCAUUCAUAACUUCGUCGUAAAUGCCUCUCAUGUACCAGGUUAUAUUAAUGUCGAAGCUGACGCACUCUCCCGUCUCCGUUUUCAGGAAUUCCAACGUCUCUGCCCUUCAGCCAGCAAAGUGUCAACCCCGUGCCCAAAGUUCUCCGAACUGCUUCUGGUUUAA